CUGCUUUACAAGGCAUGGGGCGGGGGGUGGGGGGUGGACACUGCCGGCUGCCAUUACUUCCAGCCUGUUGGAUGCCCCCAGUCACCGCGGCCUCCGGAGGGUCAUGGGCCAUGUUGUGGGGUGGGUGUUCCUGAUGGGAACACCGUCUCCAGCUCGUGCCUGAUUUGGGCCCGAGACCCUCUGCUUUUUGGGGCUGUGGCACCCUUCACUGUUGGGGUGAGGUGGGGUGCUCUCAGCUGUAUGUGCCCUUCUUUGCUUUGUGGGGCUGUGGCUCAGAGGGGAAAGGGGCUUGUCCAGAGUCCCCAAAGACCAGGAGCUGCUGGACCCCGGGGGGCCUCGGGUACGAGCUGAGCACAUGUUCCGUGCUUCCACCUGCAUCCCUCACUGGGCAUCUGGGGGGCAAAGCUGACACCCAGCCUAUGCCCUGCCCCUCGGAAGUUUCUGGUAGUCGGGGUGGGGUCUGUCAGCCUUUGACAGCAGCAUGGAGCCUUUGAAGGAGCCGAGCCGCAGGACACAGGCUUUGAGGGUUGAGUAGGAGUCCGGUGUUUGCCAAGUCGACACGGGAUAGGGUGGGGUCAGGAUCUGGGUUCUCCACUGGCCCUGAGCACUCCCUGCGGGCAUGCUAGCCGCGGACCUUCCCGACCACCUCCGAGCCCCUCGCCCUGCUGUGGGCAAGCCAAGGUGGGGGUGAUUCUGUGGGUGCUUGGUGCCCAGGGUCUUGUUACAGGGCGUAGGGCACAGGGGUGAGGCCCGGCGCCCUGCAUGCCUCAGCUGGGCUGGGUGGGUCACUCGGGCAUUGCAGCCACAGCUGUGACUGAGAGCUCAGCAUGCCAGCCCCCACCAGAGUCCUGAAAAGGCCGGGCCGCCAGUAAUUACGUUUUCUCCGGAGGCUCUGGUGACCUUGACUCCCCCUUCCCGAGUCCUCGGGACGCUGUGUGAUGUCCCCGUCCUUCCUGUCUCUGCAGCCUCUCCUCCCCCGAGAUGCGUCCAUUAGCGCUCUCUCCUACCUGUGCUUCUGGGCCUUUCCGGGGCUCACCUCCUGGACCCCUGAAUCUAGAUGGCGUGGGAAGAACUGCUGGGGGUCUUCUGGGCAGGUGCAAGGCAGGGGGAGUGGUGGGUUCCUUCGGCGACAGGAGCCCCCUGCACUCGUAGGCACCCCCGCUGCCCCAUUGCAGCCUCAGCGGAGCCCCCUUCCCCACGUCAGCCCGGGUGCCCAGGCCAUGGAACGUCAGGUGUGGCACCUGGCAGAGGCCCAGAACCAGAGCGGGUGCUGCCCAGAGGUGCACGGGCAGGAGGGCCCCGCGGAGAGGUGUCCCUCACCGGCAGGGUGCGUGAGGCAGCUUCAUAGCCUCAGCGUGAAGUUCCCAGGUGACGUGGAAAAUGCAAGCAGGCCAUGGCAGGGAGCAGCGGUCCAGGUCAGGGCUGCUAGGACCUUGGGCCUUGGCCUUGGAGGCGUAGGCCCCCUUAGCAGGCAGCUCUGAGGGGGGGAUGCAGGCGUGGGGCGUAGCAUGUGGCAUGUGGCUUGGUCCGCCGGCCUCCAGGCGGCCCAGGCAGGAAGCCCUGGGUUGGCCGUAACUGACCCCCACACACAUCCAAACAGGCCCGUGUGUCUCCUCAGGGUGAUUAAGGACCUCGCCAUCAAGGCCAACUGCCUGUGAAAUUAUCUUCUUCUUUGGAAGAGGAAAUUUUUCUUUGUAAAAAGGCAAAUAUUUUCUUUUCUGUUUAUGUGAAUUAAUAUAUGGCCCGGGCCAGUGAGCCUGGGGAAAGGCCUCUGGGAUUAGGUGAGAGGGCUGGGGGCUCAGAGGGAGGUUGGAGGAGCUCGGUCCCUCCCUCAUUCAUUAGUUCACUCCCUCCCUCCUUCCCUCCCUCAGGGCCUCAUCCUGAGCUUCCCUGUGUUCUAGGCCUGGGCUUGGCAAACCCCUGCCCUCCAGAGCCCCCACCUGAUGGGACACAGCCGUGUGAACCUGUGGCUCAGGGCGUGGAAUGGUUCCUAUGGUAGCAGCAGGCACAGGGUUUGGGGAAGCCCAGUGUGGGGGCAUCAGGGCAGGCUUCCCGGGGGAGGUGUCCUCUGAGGACGAGGAGAGCUGUGCGUGCAGGUGAAGUCCUGCUUUUCCAAGUCUCCUCUCUAGAGCCAAACCACUCAGACGUGCCUACCCGCCCCCUGCAGGUUCUGCCUUGAGCACCCCGCACCCCAACCCUGCUCCCCAACAAUGCAGUGGGUGUUCGGGGUCCUGAGUGUGGUGCCUGUGUGUUCUCUUAGCCUCUGUGAAGCCUGGCAUCACUUCCUCCCCCACCCUCACUGCCUGGAAACCAGGUCUGUGCACCCAGAAGGCUGGGACCCUCCCGAGACCACCCCCAGACCGUGUGAGCUGAGGUGCAGUUGCUCAGUGGCUGACGGGCUUGUCCCGGUUUUGAAGGAGCUGGAUUUCAUCACAGGAGACAGUGCUGUCCCGAGGCCUCUGAGUCAUGCCCGGUGAGGCAAGCCUGGCUGCCCAGAAGCUCAGCCUGGCCUCCAAGCGCAAGAAGCCCCACCCGCCGCCGGCCCCCGCCACCCGAGGAGCCUCCACCUACCCCACGGACUUCAGUGGGGUACUGCAGCUGUGGCCGCCCCCUGUGCCUCCCUGCCUGCUCAGGGCCGCCUCCAAGGCCAAGGACAACCCCAGCAGUGUCGGAAAGGUGAAGGUCGUGCUGCGGAUCUGGCCUGCUCAGGGGGCCCAGCGCUUGGCCGAGUCCACGUCCUUCCUGAAGGUGGACCCGAGGAAGAAGCAGGUGACCCUCUAUGACCCGGCCACGGGGCCCCCAGGCUGCACGGGUCCCCGACACGCCACCACGGCUGCCGUUCCCAAGAUGUUUGCCUUCGAUGCCGUCUUCCCCCAGGACUCGGAGCAGGCCGAGGUCUGCUCGGGGACAGUGGCCGACGUGCUUCAGUCGGUGGUCAGUGGGGCCGAUGGCUGCAUUUUCUCCUUUGGCCACGUGAGCCUUGGCAAGUCCUACACCAUGAUCGGGAAGGACAGCUCGCCCCAGAGCCUGGGCAUCGUGCCCUGCGCCAUCUCCUGGCUCUUCAGGCUCAUUGACGAGCGCAAGGAGAGGGUGGGCGCCCGCUUCUCCGUCCGCGUCUCGGCCGUGGAGGUGUGCGGCCGGGACCAGAGCCUGCGGGACCUGCUGGCCGAGGUGGCCUCCAGCAGCCUGCAGGACACCCAGUCCCCGGGGGUGUACCUGCGGGAGGACCCCGUCUGCGGGGCGCAGCUCCAGAGCCAGAGCGAGCUGCGGGCGCCCACGGCUGAGAAGGCGGCCUUCUACCUGGACGCGGCACUGGCUGCGCGCAGCGCCCGCCAGGCCGGCGGUGGCGAGGACGCCCUGGGCAGCUCGCACAUGCUCUUCACGCUGCACGUGUACCAGUACCGUGUGGAGAAGUGCGGCAGGGGUGGAAUGUCUGGAGGCCGCAGCCGCCUGCACCUCAUUGACUUCGGCAGCUGUGAGGGGGCACCUGGCAGGGGUGGGGAGGCCCCCGGGGGCCCGCCAUAUCUGUCCUUGUCGGCUUUGGGCAGCGUCAUCUUGGCCCUGGUCAGCGGAGCCAAGCACGUGCCCUACAGGGAGCACAGGCUCACCAUGCUGCUGCGGGAGACCCUGGCCACCGCCAACUGCCGCACCACCAUGAUUGCCCACGUCUCCGAUGCGCCCGCCCGCCACGCCGAGACGCUCAGCACCGUGCAGCUGGCCGCCCACCUCCACCGCCUGCGUAGGAAGAAGGUCAAGUACGCGUCCAGCUCCUCGGGUGGGGACAGCUCCUGCGAGGAAGGCCGUGCCCGCCGCCCCUCGCACCUGCGACCCUUCCACCCGCGCUCUGCAGCCCCAGACCCCGACCGCCUGGCCCCCAGCUCGCCCGGUGACCCCGACUACUCAUCCAGCAGCGAGCAGUCCUGCGACACCGUCAUCUACGUGGGGCCGGGGGGGGCGGCGCUGUCGGACCGCGAGCUCACGGACAGCGAGGGCCCCCCCGACUUUGUGCCCAUCAUCCCCUCACUGAGCCGCCGCCACCCCUCCCGGGGCCUGCGUGACGCUGACCACUUCCGCUGCAGCACCUUCGCGGAGCUGCAGGAGCGGCUGGAGUGCGUCCACGGCAGCGAGGGCCCCCCAGGAGGCCUGGGUGGCACCAGCGGAGCCCAGGCUAGCCCGGCGCGCGGGGGCAGGAAGCCCUCGCUGUCCGAGGCCGCGGCCCCCAGGAAAGCCGUGGGCUCCCCACUGGCCGCCAGCACGCCUCGCGGCAGCCCCGGCCCAGAUACCCACCGGGGUGCCCCAGAGCCCUCCAAGGCUGGUGGUGACCAGAGAGAGGACAGCAGUGCCAGGCCCGAGCUGCCUGUGCUGGAUAAGGCCACGGGGGGCAGAGGCAGGAGGCCGCUGCCCAGCCCGGCCCCCCCACUGCCUCGGCAGCUGGAAGCUGGCGGGGCCCCGGAGGAGCCUGGGGGAGCCGACAGUGUGGGUGUGGUACGGACGCCCCCCGUGGGCAUGAGCGGGCAGGAGGGCUGCCCCCGCCCCUCUGCACGCGGCCAGUGUCUGGAGCGGGGCCUGCUGACCGCCACGGUGACCUUGCAGCAGCCCGUGGAGCUCAACGGCGAGGACGAGCUGGUGCUCACACUGGUGGAGGAGCUGUCCCUGGGGGGGCUGGCCGGCCCUGGGCGCCCCUGCAGCCUGGCCGGCCUCGGCAGCGGCUGCUCCCCGCAGGCCCCGGCCUCGGGCUCGAGGCCCGUCAGCAUCGUCAGCAGCAUUAACGACGAGUUCGACGCGUACACCUCGCAGGCGCCCGGUGGGGCCCCGGACGGCAGCCGCGGCUCCUGCGCCAGCUCGUGGCUCAGCGAGCUCAGCGUGCGCACGGCCGACAGCCUCGGCCCCGCCCCGCGGCCUCCCUCGCGGGCCAGCCCAGACCCCUUCAGCCCUGGCUCGCCAGCGGGGCCUGACCCUCUGGGCUCCCCGAUCCUGGAUGGCUCCUUGGAGGGAAGCAGCUUUCAGUUCUCAGAGCAGGACAGACCGGACAGUCCCGGCCCCGCCCACAGUCCUUGUCCCACGGAGGAGGCCACGGCAGCUGCCAGCCGACCUGGCCGCGAGUCCCAUGCUGCGUCUCCACGGGGGGCCACCCCAGCACCAACCAUCCACUCCAGCCUUCCCCGCAAACCGAGGACUACCUCAGCGGCCGGUCGUGUGGGCUGCCCCCGCCUGGCCCUGGGCCCGCCUGGCCCUGGAGGCCUCUUCGAGGACCCUUGGCUUCUCCGGGCGGACGAAUGUGGCCUGCUGCCCCUGGCCUCUGCCAGCAGGGCCCCCGGCCUGGCCCCGAUGCUGGCUUGUGCCCGGAGGGUGGUGGACGGCUGUGAGGUGGGCAGGGCAGCCCACAGGCCAGAGGCCGUGGCUCAGAUCCCACCGCUGCGGAGGGGAGCCACCACGCUGGGUGUGACCACGCCCUCCACAUCCUUCGGGGACGCCUCGGCCGAGGCAGCGGCCUGCCUGGGCAGCCCAAAGGCCACCUCCAGCAGCAAGAAGAGUGUGGCCUCCAAAGGGGACCUCUGCCCGCGGCCUGGCGGGGGGGCGGCCCCCCCGGCCCCGCCGGUGCGCAAGUCCAGCCUGGAGCACAAGAACAGCCCGGCCCCGGCCCCUCCCCAGGCCGGGAGCCUGGCUUGGGCUGGGGCUGCCACCUUCCUCCGAGGGGAGGGGGAGGCCAGGCCUGGCGGCCGGGCCGACCACUCCAUCCCCAGGGCUACGUCCAGCCUGAAGGCCCGGGCUGGCAAGGCAGAGGCAGGGUGCCGUCCUGCCACUCACGGGUCUCUGGAGCGGUGCGAGGAGGGCCUGGUGCACGGCAGCAGCAAGGCCAGGGAAGGCCCCGGGAGGCCGGCCCGGGCUGUGCCCAGGUUGGGUGUGCCGCCUGCCAGCCCCACGCCUGGGCCCGCUCCUGCCUGUAGGAGCAGCCCGGCCAAGGGCGUGGGGGCCCCCAAGCCCCCCACCAGCGGGGGCAAGGGCCGCAGCCCAGCGGCAGGCGGGUCCAGGGCUCUGGGUGCUUCAGUGAAGCCGCUGGCCCCUGUGGCGGGCAGGACCCCUGGGGCCCCAGUGACGGGCCCCAGGGUUGCCCCGCGAGUGGUGCCUUGCGUUGGGGCCAAGGCCAGCCGAGGCACCAUCAUGGGCACCAAGCAGGCGCUCCGGGCCGCCCACAGCCGUGUCAACGAGCUGGCGGCCGGCGGAGGCCACGGCCGAAGUGGCCCCUUGUGGGGCUCGGCCGACUCGGACAGCGGCAAUGACAGCGGCGUGAACGUGUCCGAAGAGCGGCCGCCCGCGGGCCCGGUGCUGCCCUCUCCAUACAGCAAGGUGACGGCCCCGCGGCGGCCGCAGCGCUACAGCAGCGGCCACGGCAGCGACAACAGCAGCGUGCUGAGCGGGGAGCUGCCGCCCGCCAUGGGCCGCACGGCCCUUUUCUACCACAGCGGCGGUAGCAGCGGCUACGAGAGCAUGAUGCGCGACAGCGAGGCCACCGGCAGCGCCUCCUCGGCCCCUGACUCAAUGAGCGACAGUGGGGCCGCAUCCCCGGGCGCCCGCUCCCGCAGCCUCAAGUCCCCCAAGAAGAGGGCCACAGGUCUGCAGCGGCGACGGCUGAUCCCGGCCCCGCUGCCCGAUGCUGCUGCCCUGGGCCGCAAGCCCAGCCUCCCCGGCCAGUGGGUGGACCUGCCACUGCCCCUGGCUGGAUCGCUGAAGGAACCCUUUGAGAUCAAGGUGUACGAGAUUGAUGACGUGGAGCGCCUGCAGCGGCACUGCCUGCCCCCGAGGGAGGACCCGGCCGAGCCCUCCCAGAAUGCAGAGAAGGGCCCGGUGUGCGUCAGUGCGAAGUUGCGGCUGGCCGAGCGUAGGCAGCAGCGGCUGCAGGAGGUGUGGGCCAAGCGUGAGGCGCUCCGCGAGGAGCUGGCUGAGACCCAGGGCCGGCUGAUGGUGGAGCCCGGCCGCUGGCUGGAGCAGUUCGAGGUGGACCCGGAGCUGGAGCCCGAGUCGGCCGAGUACCUGGCGGCCCUGGAGCGCGCCACGGCCGCCCUGGAGCAGUGCGUGAACCUGUGCAAGGCCCGCGUCAUGAUGGUCACCUGCUUCGACAUCAGCGUCGCCGCCGCCACCGCUGCCCCGGGGCCGCAGGAGGUGGACGUCUGAGGCUGGGCACUGGGACACGAGGGAGGGGGUGGGGGUGUCGGGGGCUCGAGGACGGGACGUGGGAUGGAGCGAGGAUGUGGCGGGGGUUGGAGGGACGAGGAUGCGGAGGGUCCAGUGGGGACCCGCGGGUCUUGGAGGCGAUGGAGCGUGAGGCAGGGGAGGGGCCGGCCGAGCACGUGGACGGAGGAGCGAGUGAGCAGGACAGGGGAAGACUAUCGCCCCCAGACAGCAACGCAAGUGCCUUUAACCUUGGACUGGAUUUCUCUCCUUUUCGCGUUUGGUGCUAAGGACUCAAGACACCAGCAGACGGUGUGCUGGGGCCGCCGGCCCGACUGUUUGAUCUGAUCGCGCCUUCUUUACAGCCAAGCAGUUCCAUGUAGCAAGACAGCCCCGGGCUCGCCGGGCUCUGGCUUAGGAUUCAGGGUUGCUUUUCUUUCAUAGCUGUUUCCUCUCAGCAGAGCCCGCCUUGGUGGUCUCCAGACCCUCGGCCUGCAUGUGUUCUCUGUGCAGAUUGAGCCGGUGGGGUCUUCCAGGCGGGGAUGGCCGACCCCCCUCUCCCCAGGACCUGCUCUGUUCUGAGGUCACCGGGAGGGCGGCGCCCAAGGGUUGAGCUGAAGGCACCUGGCGCCUUCUUCCACGGCAGGAAUUCUUACCAAAACCACAAGCAAAAAACAAACCAACACACAAAAAUGGGAGGGGGAGGGGGAGGGUUUUGUAAAGGUUCUGUUAGGUUCGUAUUUUUAUAUCGUUUUGCCUAUAAAUGAGGUAUUUGCAGUUGGAAUUUGAAGACAAAUGAUCUAUGUUUUUAUGGUUUUCUAUGGAAGGUGUCACUUCGGCCGGACUCUUUCUGGGGGGUCCCCAAGCAGGGCGAGGGUCCUCGGAGGCACUUCUUGCCAAAUGUAGACCAGGGGUGAGCCUGCUGACGAGCGGGACAUUCCCGUCACUACGGGUUCUGUUUUCUGAUCGUCAUGUGUUUUCUAGGGUUGUCCAAACCUUUGUACAAAUGUGUAGAUAAUAUCUUGCUACAGCUUUUAUUUGUGAAUAAAAGAUGCACCCCUUGUU